AUGGCUUCAGCCGGUGGUCGGAGAUGGCAACAGUUCUUCCAAGAAAUGUUGAUGGUUGCAGGCACUUCUGCGUCCGCCUACUUCCUCAUUCGCUAUCUUCUAUCGCGUCUUGAUUUCGACCCGGAGAGCCAGAAGAAGGAGGAACAACGACAGAAGUCCGCUGCCAUCUUACGUCGAUUGGAGGGUGGGAAUGAAUCGGAUGAUGAGUCGCCGAGAAGGGGCGGUGCGAAACGGGAUAAAGGGCAGCGAAAGAGGGAGCUUACCUUGAGUCAAUAUGAACAAGCGAUUGCGAUGGAUGUGGUUGCGCCAGAGGAUAUCUCGGUAUCUUUCGAAGAUAUUGGCGGCCUUGACGAGAUCAUUGAGGAGCUGAAGGAAUCGGUUAUCUACCCGCUCACGAUGCCUCACCUCUACUCGUCCACGUCGUCUCUGUUGACUGCACCUUCUGGCGUCCUCCUAUACGGUCCGCCUGGGUGCGGAAAAACCAUGCUUGCCAAAGCCCUAGCAUCAGAGAGUGGAGCAUGCUUUAUCAACUUACAUAUUUCAACGUUGACGGAGAAAUGGUACGGCGACUCCAAUAAAUUGGUCAACGCGGUGUUCUCGCUGGCGCGCAAGCUACAACCUGCCAUCGUUUUCAUUGAUGAGAUUGAUGCUGUACUUGGAACCCGGAGAAGUGGCGAGCACGAGGCAAGCGGUAUGGUUAAGGCAGAAUUUAUGACUCACUGGGACGGUCUAACGUCGGCAAAUUCGACGGGGGAGCCCCAGCGAAUUGUUGUUUUGGGGGCGACCAAUCGCAUUCAGGACAUCGACGAGGCCAUUCUCCGAAGAAUGCCCAAGAAGUUCCCCGUUACCCUUCCUCCGGUCGCCCAGCGUCUUCGCAUUCUCAGCCUGAUACUCAAAGACACCAAGGUUGAUCGCGAUAAUUUCGAUCUACACUAUCUGGUCAAAACUAUGGCCGGUAUGUCUGGUAGCGAUAUCAAGGAGGCAUGUCGAGACGCAGCGAUGGUUCCUGUACGGGAACUGAUUCGAACAAAGAAGGCUAAUGGGAUGCAAAUGGAUACGAUGGACCCCCAAGAAGUUCGUGGGCUUCGCACAGAAGAUUUCUUCUCUCGCGCCGGUGGGAUCAAGGUCAUUCCCCCACCUACCCUCCCAUCUACCCCAACUGGCAAAGCUGCCGAGAAGGGAGAUGGCGAUUGGAGUACUGAGUCUGAAGCCGCGUCGGAAGCCGAAAUUCAACACUCUGUGAUGGCUGAGCCACCAGAGUGA